GAGGGGCUCUUCCCACAGAAUGACAGAGGUGGCAGGCAGGUCCAGCAGCCCAUCUACUCUUGGUACAAAGUCUAGGGGAAGAUAAUCACAGCACUGUGGCGGGGGAAGUGGGGGGAGAGAAGGGCGUGGACGGCUUCCCUUUGUUCAGCUGGGCCACUGCCCACUUGGCAGAUAGGACCUGUGGGAGCUCCCCCCCCACCCCGUUCCACCCUCAUAAAAGAACCCCAGAGCCCUGCCCUGGGCCAUUGUUGAGGCCACAGCAGCAUCAUGGCAGACCGCUCCGGGCACCUGGCAGCCCUGAUCCUCCUCGGAGCAGCUGUAUGUGUGGCACAGCCCCGUGGCCGGAUCCUGGGUGGCCAGGAGGCCAAGUCCCACGAGAGACCCUACAUGGCAUCGGUGCAGGUGAACGGCAAGCACGUGUGCGGAGGCUUCCUGGUGUCUGAGCAGUGGGUGCUGAGUGCAGCACACUGCCUGGAGGACGUGGCCGAGGGGAAGCUGCAGGUUCUCCUGGGUGCGCACUCCCUGUCACAGCCCGAGCCCUCGAAGCGCCUGUACGACGUGCUCCGCGCCGUGCCCCACCCAGACAGCCAGCCUGACACCAUCGACCAUGAUCUCCUCCUGCUGAAGCUCUCCGAGAAGGCCGAGCUGGGCCCUGCCGUGCAGCCCCUUGCCUGGCAACGAGAGGACCACGAGGUUCCGGCAGGCACGCUCUGCGACGUGGCCGGCUGGGGAGUGGUCAGUCACACUGGCCGCCGGCCCGACCGUCUGCAGCACCUGCUCCUACCGGUGCUGGACCGCACCACCUGCAACCUGCGCACAUACCACGAUGGCACCAUCACCGAGCGCAUGAUGUGCGCGGAGAGCAACCGUCGGGACAGCUGCAAGGGCGACUCCGGAGGCCCGCUGGUGUGCGGGGGUGUGGCCGAGGGAGUGGUUACCUCAGGCUCCCGAGUCUGCGGCAACCGCAAGAAACCCGGCAUCUACACGCGCUUGGCGAGCUACGUGGCCUGGAUCGACGGAGUGAUGGCUGACAGCGCAGCCGCCUAAGGAGGACCUAAGGGACAGGGCGGUGGUCACCAGGCUUAGCAAUAAAGUCAUCCAUUCCUGCAUCUGAA